GUCGCCUCUGCUGGGCUGACUAACCCUAACACCAUGGUGCUUUGAGGCAACUAGAAGGACACGCCCACACCGGCUCGACUGAUACAUUGGCUUUGCAUCAGGACCACUUUGCGCAUCAAAAGUUCAACUGCUGAAACAGAUACCGCCGGAGACAGUCGGGGAAUGGCCUCUGAACGGAACACAAGCAGAAUUCUGGCCAACCAGUUCGUGCAGCCGGCGUGGCGCAUCGCGCUCUGGUCGGUGGCUUACAUCAUGGUGCUAGCAGUGGCAGUUUUUGGCAACUUAAUCGUAAUUUGGAUUAUUUUUGCGCAUAAGCGGAUGAGGACCGUCACCAACUAUUUCUUGUUGAACCUGGCUUUCUCGGACGUUUCGAUGGCUGCAUUCAACACCCUCAUCAACUUCAUCUACGCGGCUCAUGGAGAUUGGUACUUUGGAGAGGUGUACUGCAAGUUUCACAACUUCUUCCCCGUCGCCGCCGUGUUUGCAAGCAUCUACUCAAUGACUGCAAUAGCCAUAGACAGAUACAUGGCAAUCAUUCAUCCUCUGAAGCCUCGCCUAUCUGCCAAAGCCACUAUAGGUAUCAUCUUCUGUAUCUGGAGCCUUGCUGUGUUUCUGGCUUUCCCCCUCUGCUACUUCUCCACCACCCGGAUGUUACCAGGAAGGACUUUUUGUUACGUGGCUUGGCCCCACAUGGCUGACGACUCCUUCAUGUAUCAUAUCAUAGUUACAGUCCUGGUUUAUGUGCUGCCUUUAGUGGUGAUGGGCAUCACUUACACCAUCGUGGGGGUGUCGCUGUGGGGAAGUGAGAUUCCUGGAGACUCAUCUGAUAGUUAUCACGGACAGCUUCGGGCUAAAAGGAAGGUAGUGAAAAUGAUGAUCAUUGUGGUGGUGACCUUUGCCCUCUGCUGGCUACCUUACCAUGUCUACUUCAUUGUGACGGGUCUCAACAAGCGUCUGAGCAAGUGGAAGUACAUCCAGCAGGUUUACCUGUCUGUGAUGUGGUUGGCAAUGAGCUCCACCAUGUACAAUCCUAUUAUCUACUGUUGUCUCAACAGCAGAUUUCGAGCUGGUUUUAAGCAGGUUUUCCGCUGGUGCCCCUUUGUGCGGAUGUCAAGCUAUGAUGAACUCGAGCUUCAGAACACGAGACUUCGACCGUGUCACCAGAGCAGCAUGUGUACCCUCUCUCGUGUUGACACCAGCAUCUUGAGCAAAAAUAAGAGUAUUUGUUCUCGUGGAAACAUGUCAAAACCAAAAUCUGAGCAGAGCAAUAAAGACAGUUAGACUUCUGGAGACACGCUUCAGCUCAUUACUCAGAAAUUUGUGUAGAUAAUUUUCAGAUGAUGCAGACCAAUCAGAGCAUUUUGUUCUGACCCCAACUCAUGACAGUCCUCUCAAGGCACUUAGCUGCAUUCAGUCAAGUUCAUUGCAGUCCAAUUAUAAUCCAAUUAAAACAAAUCCAUUAUUUGAUCUAUAUAAGUCUAAUACACAAUAACCAUAUUCAUGUAAAUCGGUUCAGAAAAAAUAAAUGUCUAGCUAAGAAAACCAGUAGAUUGCAUCAAAUCUAAUCUUCAGUUUGUUUCCCCAUCGCAAGCAUGCACAGGGCGGCUGAUAGUGGAAAGGAUAAACUCCCUUAUAGCAGGAAGGAAAAGCACCAACAGAAUCACACUCAGGAAGGAUGGUCAUCUGGAAACUUUAGGAAGCACAAGUAAACCUGGCAGCGAAGUGCAGGUUAAUAUGGAACUAUGAGAUCUUUAAGGUAUGACGGCGCUUAGUCAUUUACAUUAUGUAGUGAGACCGUGUGCAUAUAUGUUCGUGUUGAUUUACAGCUUACAAAGAAAUGAGUGUGGGACAUGUAGUUAUGGUAAAAUUUUACAGCCUUUUUUUGUCCGGGGGGGCAGACUGCAAUAUCUUGUAUUAUGAACCAGUAUAAUUUUGAUAUGUUCUGUCAUAACAUUAAAUUAGUAUAUGUCAAUAUAUAUCUAGACAUUACACCACACCAAAGUGAGUGUUAUGUUACUAUGAGGCACACCUUCUCAGGAAGCAGGAAAGCUAUGGGGGGAAUGCAGAGAUAAAGACUGGUCCAAGGGAGCACAUGCUGGCCAGUGUUCAAAAACAGGAAACCACUCAUUGUGGUCUGGUUGCAGUUCUGACCUUUUUUAUCAAGAGCUGAAACAGUGGAACAGUGACACAGCUCAGAGGCGGUUAAGUUACUUUGAUACAGUCUGAAAACCUUGAAAUAAGUAAGAAAGAUCGUUUUAGAUUCCAAGGACAUUAUAAAUCUCUAUUGAGCAAUUUGAAAAUCUUUUUUUUUUAAAUAAAAACAAGCCAGUAAUAUUUAUCCUUAUCAUAGCCCAAACAGGAACUGCUUGGAGACCAUUUGCAUCACAUUUAAUGACCAGAUUGUAAACAAACUGAAACUAAAAAGCAGAACUCUGGUCUUAGGCUGACAAGGCAGCUGCAGUGACUGUGGGAUGUCAGCAGUACGGGUAUUACUACUUCAAAAUGGAAGCGUGCAAAUCAGAUAUAAUGAAUUUGUGUAUUGAUUUAUGUACUGUACAUCAUAUCUGACAUAUUUCGUCAUGAAUGCCUUUCAUUAUUUGUAGGCUACAAUAGGUUUAUUCAGAGUUUUUGUUUGCUUGUAAACACAAGCUCUCUAUUUGUUUGUUUGUCUUAAA